ACACAAUUCAUGAAAACACUUGAAAUACGUUUCAAUCGUUUUAUUAUUGAAAUAUUUAUUCAUUCAUUUAAAAUACAAUCAAUGAAUACUUAGACAACAAUUAAUGAUAUUUCGAUACAAUUAACACAUUUUCAAACUAAUAAUCGCAUAAAAAUCAACACAUUUUUGGCGUACAUUUGUUUGUGAAGUCAUAUUCACUGCAAUACUUGUGUUUAGUAUUGAAUUUGUAGACAAUUUGUAAAUUAUUGUAAUAUUUAUACACUUUAUCACAUCUAUUGGCGGAUUAGUUGAGUGGUAAAUGUCACACAUGUUGGGCCCAAAGAAGUCACGUUUUAGAGACUCCGCAACGCUUCCCAUAGAUAUCAACAAUGGUUUCAAUAACACCCCCAAUAACCCGAUGGCCGCCGAAGACAAUGAGUCCACUCCUGCCGUGAAUCUGAAUCCAUUACAAGUGAAUAAAAUGAUGGCUGAUAUUCACAAACAGAUUGAAGAGAGGAAACUAAAGCUUAAAAUUGGAGGACCUGUACAGCAGCCGCCGCCACCAAAGAAGGUGACUCCACAGUUGGCCACACCAUCAGUACCUCCGAUGCCAUCGAUGCCCGCACAGCGAAUGUCUGCAGAUUUAGACCACAAG